UUCCCACUGCAGAAUUUCGAAAUGGCUCCCGUUAAGAAGUCCAAGGUCGCUCCCGCUCCUUACCCCGUUGCCAAGAAGGGCGCCGCCAAGGCCCCCGUCAACCCCUUGAUCGAGAAGACCCCCAAGAACUUUGGUGUUGGUCAGGACAUCCAGCCCAUCAAGGACCUCUCUCGCUAUGUCAAGUGGCCCGAAUACGUUCGCCUUCAGCGCCAGCGUAAGAUCUUGAACCAGCGUCUCAAGGUUCCCCCAGCUUUGAACCAGUUCACCCAGGUCUUGGACAAGAACACUGCCACCCAGUUGUUCAAGCUCGCCAACAAGUACCGCCCCGAGACUCGCAUUGAGAAGAAGGAGCGCUUGACUGCCGCUGCUGCUGCUCAGGCUGAGAAGAACGAGAAGGCUGAGACCAAGAAGCCCUUCGUCGUCAAGUACGGUCUUAACCACAUCACCGCUUUGAUUGAGGCUAAGAAGGCUUCCCUCGUCGUCAUCGCUGACGAUGUUGACCCCAUUGAGAUCGUUGUCUGGUUGCCCGCUCUCUGCCGCAAGAUGGGUAUCCCAUACGCCAUUGUCAAGGGCAAGGCCCGUCUCGGAACUGUUGUUCACAAGAAGACCGCCACUGCCUUGGCCUUCACCGAGACUCGCGCCGAGGACAAGCAGGAGCUUGCUUCUUUGAUCUCCGCCAUCAAGUCCAACUACACCGAGAAGAACGAGACUGCUCGCAAGGCUUGGGGUGGUGGACUCAUGGGCUUCAAGUCCAACAACAAGAUGACCAAGCGCGCCAACGCCGUCAAGAACUCUCUGUAAACGGUAUUCUUUAUCAUAAGAGAUUCAGAAAAGCACUCAAGGAAGAAUGAGCGGUCUAUUGUUUUGUAAAAUAAAGCAAUUCUUGCAGUUCUCCUCUA